GAUCUAUAGGUUACUAUAGCUCAUUGUGUCCAGCUUACCUCACAGAGACGGAUAUCUUCCAGCAUCGUUUGCGGACCUUUCACCACCACCGUCAUGGGUCCAAUGCUCUUCAACUCCGGCUCCGAUGGCCCUGCCAUGGUCCUUCCUCCUUCCCAAGACCACCCCUUCGCUCAAUUCCCUUCUCAUGCCACGCCUGACGCUGCCUUUGGAAGCCCUGGAGGCUUUGCCGCUGGCCCCAGUGCGUUCUCCCUAAAUAGCCACCAGCAGAACUCUCCCAAGCUGGGUGUCAACCACACGUGGAAGCCUGCUUCAUCUUCUCCGUCGGGAUACGUCAACCCUUCCCGGAAGCGCACACGCUCUGAUUUCGCCGACGAAGCCAACGAUGACUCGUAUGGGAACGCUGGCGCGGUGGCCCCUGCUCCUGCGCCAGAGCCUGUGCCGGCAGAAGAGCCCAUUUACGGUGAAGGCAUGGUGCUGCUCAACCCCCGUACUGGCCUGGCGCUCUCUGCAGAGAGCCAGACUGGCACCUGGUACGAAGAGACAGUCGAAAAGGCCGUCGCAUCGGCCCCUCCUGUUUCUUCCAGAUCCACCACGCUACGCGCAGACGCGUCAGAUAUCCCCAGCCGCAAAUCCCAGCGCCUCGAUCUGUCGGCGCCUGGCUUCGACGAUAUUACUCUCUCCACGAUCCAGAAACGACUUCAUUCUUCGACCAGCGAAGAAGAGCAUCGCCGCACCCUCAACGCUUCCAAGAAUGGAUCACCCAACGAACCCCAGAUCGACAACUUCACAUAUCUUCUCGGAAUUAGCUGGCAGAAAGUCGACCACGACGGUGACAUGGCGCCUGCUGUACGCGGUUGGGAGAAGUACAUCGACAACCACUACGCCCGUCACCUUCAGGGGGCUCAGAUUCUGUUGAAGAACCGUAGCAUGAAUGUGUAUUUGGUCGCAGCGCGAUCGCUCACGCAGGCUACUUCGUCGACCAGCGGCGCUGGUGCAUCCUCUUUCUAUCUCUUCAGUGAUGAUCUUGCCCAGGGUCAGCUCGUUGGGUCAAAUUGGGAGACCUGCUUGCAGAAUCUUCGAUCCACGCCCAUCACUUUCGAAGGAACCGAGGUCCUGAGAGCCAUGGAGAAGACUCCUGACCGACUAGUCGAGAGCCAAGCAACUCCUAUCAACGGCUCCGCGUGGCACGGCAUUCCCCAGGCGUCUCCGGCCGGCGGCGUCGGCUUUGGUAACGAGAACGGCGGAUUGAACGGAGGAGCGGGAAUGGGAACGGGUAUGGACAUGGACAUGUAAAAAAAAUUCUCGAUUUCGACAUUUUUUUCGACAUUUUCGGGCGGCUACUUUUCGUCUUCUCUU